AUGCACGCGACUUACUUGUCUCUGGCGGCUCUUGCCGUGGCUGUCGCUGCCAUCCCCGAAGUGCCAAUACCGAGUGGCAAUCCGUUCGAGGGUAGCUACCCAUUCAUAGCUCCAGGUAGCUCGGCCGUGGAGGAUGGCGAUGGCUUCACGCCUGCCUACGAGGCUGCCAUGCAAGCCAUCGAGAUAGUCCAUGCGGCCUCUUACAGCAAGUCCGUCUCGGCCAAUAUGGCAGCGUCUCGUCCAACAUCUUCUUCGUCUAAGGCGACCCCGAUCAAGCCCAUUGACCAACAAGCGGAGUCAACCGGUGCAUCUCAGCACAAAUCUCCGAGUGGCGGCUCAUCUAUGGCCACCCCGAUUCCUACUGCGGGUGACGAGCACAUGGAGGUAUACGAAUAUUCCUCUUCCAUGUCGGCCGUUGUCUCAUACCCGUCAUAUCCUUCAUCCAUGGCCUCCAGUGCAUCUGAAGUGCCCGCGACAUCGGAAUCUUGGCCAGAAAACAUGGACUCUACCACCACUAGCAGCCCGGCCAUGACGCAACAUGGCAUGCCCACCUACGGUAGCCUGAAGCCAUCCAGCUUCAUCACAGUUGCGACGACGUCGGCUCAUGCCAGUAUGCAAGCCUCGUCCAAUAUUCACGAGGGACACAUGGCUUCUGCCUCUGCGGCGUCGAGUGCUAGAGGUGCCGCGUCUUCGAGCUCGGCUAGCCUGUCGCCCACCUCCGUUGCCUCGGACGCUACGAACAUGCUUGGCAAGAUUCCUGUGGUGGGUUCUCUAUUCAGCAGUCUUGGCUUCCGCGCUUAG